AUGGCCUAUUCAGGCCACACCACCAUCGUCAUUCCCAAGUCGGUGUGGCCGCUGCUGGCGGGGCUGGUGGGCGAGGAGGUGCUCGUGUGGGACCUGGGCGUGCUGUACAAGGUCUACAUGGGCAUGCUCGUUGUCUUCUGCUCCAACUCCAGUAACAUAUUGGCAGGAGUGAAUGGCUUGGAGGCGGGACAGACUGCUGUCAUUGCUGCCUCGGACCUGGGCGUGCUGUACAAGGUCUACAUGGGCAUGCUCGUCGUCUUCUGCUCGAAUUCGAUUAACAUCCUGGCGGGAGUGAAUGGGCUGGAGGCUGGGCAGACUGCUGUCAUUGCUGCUGCAGUGAGUGCGGUCUUGAUUCCCUUUCCCAGGCGUGCAUCCAAACACCUGGACGUGCUCUACAAGGUCUACCAAGGAGAAAGAGAGAGGGAGGUGCUGCUCUUCAACAUCUGGCAAAUCGGCGAGCUUCCAGGCUUUAAGCUGCCACUGCAGCCGGACAUGCAACAGGCCCACCUCUUCUCCAUCUACCUCAGCCUGCCCCUCCUGGCCUGCACACUUGAACUCCUCGUCUUCAACUGGUACCCCUCUAGUGUCUUUGUGGGAGACACGUUCACCUACUUCGCUGGAAUGACGCUCGCUGUGGUCCCCCCCGCCAGCCCCCUCACGGAUCCUCUCACCUCCCCCCUUAUCUCUCUCCCAGGUACCCCUCGCAGUAUUGUCUGCCCGAAACAUCGGCUGCCCAAGUUCGUCUAUGCAACAUUUUCCCUCGUCCCUUCCCUCCCUCUGCACCCCUUCCCUCCCCAUCCUGUUCACCCCUCCCCUUGCCCCUCAUGCCGACCCUUCCUCCCAUCCCUUGUCGUCCCAUCUCAGCUCUUCAAGUUCGUGCCGUGCCCAAGACAUCGCCUGCCCAAGUGA